AAUAUUCCUGAUGGUUCCAGGGCCCACAAGUGAUUAUGGUCGACCAUGAACUUAGUGUGUUGGUGUGUGGCCCGGGGAGCCUUUUCGGAGACAACCGCCGAAUCCCACGACUCAAGCGGGGUCGCACCCCGUCCGGAGGGCGUCAGGUAACCGCCCACCACAACCAAAGUCCUGAUCCCGGCGUCGGAAGUCCCAUUGAUUUUGUCGCCCACGCCCUCGCGACACGUCUCAUCCCAAUUUCAAUCUCAAUCCCAAUCUCGAUCUCAAAUAUCUUACUUGAGCAGACACCCGUCAAAGCCUUAGUGUCCUACCCAGCUGUCUCACUUUCGAUCAACUGGGCUUUCGGAAAUUCUCCCGUCAGACACAUUAGGACCUACACACACUCAUAGCAAGGCCGAGCCGUUCAUCGUGAGCAGAAUAGAGGACGAGAGCCAUGGCCGACCUAUCGACCUGCCUUCCCCUAACCCGGGCUUCCGUCGUCGAAGCCCACAAGCUCGUCAAGCCGCACGUCCACUACACCCCCGUCCUCACCAACAAGACGCUCACGGCGUUGGCUUCGACGCCGCGGACACCCGAGGACCUCAAGGGCACGAAAUGGGAAGGGCGCACGCCGGCCAAGCCCGUGCUCCGGCUGUGGUUCAAGUGCGAGAAUCUGCAGCGCAUCGGCGCCUUCAAGGUCCGCGGUGCGUUCCACGCCGUGGAGAGGUUGAAGCAGGAGCCUGGGUGGGCCGAGGGCGGCGGUAAAGAGAAGGGUGUUGUUACGCAUAGCUCAGGAAAUCACGCUCAAGCCCUGGCUCUCGCCGCCAGAGAAAGCGGCAUCCCAGCACACAUCGUCAUGCCGGACAUCUCCCCGCCCAACAAGAUCGCCGCGACGCGCGGCUACGGCGCCAACGUCGUCUUCAGCGGCAGCACCAGCGUCGAGCGCGAGGCCGUCGCCGACCGCAUCAUCUCCGAGACGGGCGCCCGCCUCGUACCGCCCUACGACCACCCGGACAUCAUGCUAGGCCAAGGCACGAUGGGCCUCGAGCUGCAGGAGCAGGUGCGCGAUCUCCUGGCCGCGGGCCACUCUGCCGAGAACCCGACGUUCAACUCUACUGGCCUUCCUGUGGCUGCUGUGUCCGAUGGUGACGGGGAAGAGAAGAAGAAGACGCCGGGUCUGGACGCGAUCAUGACGCCCUGCGGAGGGGGCGGCAUGCUCUCCGGCGUAGCGCUCAGCUGCGAGGGGACGGGGAUCCGGGUAUUCGGCGCGGAACCCGAGUUCCAGGGCGCCGACGACUGCAAGCGCGGCUUCGAGACAGGGAAGCGUGUCGAGAGCGUAAAGACGCUGACGGUCGCCGACGGCCUGCGGACGCCCGUGGGCAAGCACCCGUGGUCCGUCAUUUACGAGCGCCGGCUGGUGGAGAAUAUGUACAGCGUGUCCGAGGAGGAGAUCAAGGCGGCGACGAAGCUCGUGUUUGAGCGGUUCAAGCUCGUGGUCGAGCCGAGCGGUGCGGUGCCGCUUGCCGUGGCGCUGUUUAACGAGGAUUUCAGGGCUAUGGUGGAAAAGGAGGCUGGCGAGGAGGGUUGGGACUUGGGGUUGGUUUUUAGUGGUGGCAAUAUGGCGUUGGAGGGGCUCAUGAAGAUUUUUGCGGCGUGAUUUACCUGGAGGUUGUUUGAGUAGAGGUUGAUGGAUAGAGUUGUGUUCAGGAUGAGCUUCUGGGGAUGAUUCCUAAGUUCUCAUUCUUGGGUUUUCAACUAAGGGAUGGGGCUUUGGAACCUGGUUCAUCAGGCAAGACUUCUUAUGGCAAAUAAACAUAUGACAGCACGUUUGUCUAUGAUGUUUCUUUAUUCAUUCGAAAAAGGACACUCUUGUGUCCCUCCUGUCUACCCGAUCGA